AUUAAUUUCAAAGGCUCCUAUAAAAUGACACAAUUUUUAAACAAAUUAUUUUGUAGUGUCCUACAGAUUCAUAUGCGAAUGAUAGCAUUUAGCAUGAGCCAUCACAAAAUUAGCUAGUACUAUGUUCAAAGUAGCAUACAUAUAAACAAUUUUAAUGGACUUAGCAAGGGGGGUGUUGUCUGAAGGGAUUUUUGUUGUUUUUGGCUAGUUUUAAUAUUCUUGCAUGUGUCUACAUGCAUAUGCACAAAAAUGAAAAAGGGGAAUCUGGUGAUUUUCAAUGGUUUAAACUAAAAGCAGAAUCUUAAAUAACUCUUCAUUGGUGCAAUGUCUAACUUUAUGAAAUCACUUGUUUUUCUUCCCUUGAGCAUUGGUGUAUUAUCUGAACACAGCUGUGGAUGCACAGCCUUCAAAAUGCUCAAGUAAACUCUGUAUCCCCUUUUCCUUUUCUUCUGCUUCAUUUUCUCUUGUAGAGGAUCCUUUCUAAUAAUUUAAUUGGCAGUUGACUCUUGUGCUUGUUUCACAAACUUUGAAUCCAUGCACAUUUUAAAAGAUCUUCUCAAGCAAAAAGCAGUGGCAUAAAAUUAUCUAGUUAUCUCCUUAGCAAAAUUCUGUUAGUGCUUCUUUGCCUUAUAGCCGUGUUAAAGGUAGCAUGCUGAAUUAACUGUAUUUCUGUUAGUCUGUUUAGGUACAGUAUUUUACUACGAGUAGAAUUUUGAGCUUUCUUCACAUUAAAUGAAUUUUUGUAUAGUAAAAAUAAAUCUUAAUAGGCAUUUUGCCUUGGUUUUUCCUUAAUGUUUCAUAUUGCUUAGGAUCAGUAUCUGAUAAAAGUAGAAAAUAUAAUUAUAGAUAGCUCAUUAUACUAUCUAUUUUGGAGUGAGAGAGACUCUUGCAGCUCUUACUAGCAUUCGUUCCCUAACUUAAAAAAAAGUCUCCAAAUAGGGUUUGGAAACAAUUCCAGAGUGUAUACAUGUGGAACUGAAGGUCAAAUUCAGUUUCCACAGUCCAGUGAGCUAUGGAAGCAACUUUUUUUGGUGUAUGACUUGAUGUAUGUUAUUCGUGCAAGUGAGUAGGCUUCGGUAGGUAGCUGAUGUGAGCAAGUGUGAAGCUUAUUGUGAAAAAAAUCUCUUUUUCCUUUCAUCAUAAUAAUAAUGUUCAGCAAUCCUUCUGUAAAGUUGCUUCUCCAAAAGUAAUAUAGCCUGUGCCUAACGGCAUAUAUUCUCUUUUAGGUUUUCUUUGACUUUCAGUGUGCAAAGUCAAUGAGAUUAAUGAUUUAGGACAAUCAGAUGGGGAAUUUAUUUUUGGAAUUGAUCUUCCUGUAUUACCACAAAGGAAUCUAAAAUACGAUGUCAGAUAUCUUGGACCAAUUUAUUGAAGAGCAAAAGGCCAAGUUGGCACAAGACAAAGCAGAACUUGAAAAUGAUCCUCCUUAUAUGGAGAUGAGGAGCAAAGGUUCAGAACAGCUUUCUGAGACCAGCAAAAUGUUAAUUUCUAUGGCUAAAGAAAAUCUACCACCAAACAGUCAAGAGAGCUGUCCACUAGGUAACUAUGGCUUGAGCUUGCCUCUUGGAGAAGAAUAUGAACGAAAAAAACAUAAACUGAAGGAGGAACUCCGACAAGAUUAUAGACGAUAUCUUUCUCAGGGUAUUUCACAGGCUAAAAGAAAGAAAAAUUAUUUGACUACUGCUGAAGUAGAUCCAUAUACUCAGGGACUAUCUCUUCCCAUUGAUGAGAGAAGAUCUGCCAAGGAGAAACUACGUCUUGAAAGAAACAAGGAAUACAAUCAAUAUCUCAGGGAUAAGGAAGAGUGGAAUGAAAGGUUAAGGAAAAUAGGAAAAAACCCCACAGAGCAUGAGACAGACGGACAUAAAAAACCUGCUGCUGUUAGCAGAGUCCAGCCAGAGCUACAUAAACAAAUAGAAGCCUCUUGCGGAGAUUCAGAACCUCCCAGGAAAGAUGCUUGUACUUCCACGGAAGCUUAUGAAGAGCUGCUAAAUAGGAGACAGCAGGAGGAGGGCAGGUAUCGCAGAUCAGAUGAUGAAGCUGAAGUAAGAGAGAGAAUAUUGCAGAAAACACUUGAUGAGGAACUGGACAUUUUCAAUAGGAAGCAUCACAGGUUUGCUAACAAACCUGACAUUACUGUUCGAAGACAUCACAGAUUUGAUGAGGAUUUUGAUCUUGAUAGAAGAUACCACAGACCUGAUUAUGAUCCUGAAGUAAAUGAGGAAAUGGACUCUAGAUUUAGAUAUGAAAGCAACUAUGACAAAAAGCCUCUGAGGUUUUUCAAUGCUGAAAGAAAUCAAGCAGACAACAAUUCUCCAACCAGUGAACAGGCAAAAUCAGCCAUAGGUAAGGAUGGCAUUCCAUAUGCAACAGGACUCAUUCUCGGUGGUCAGGACCAGGAACUUAUUCAGAGAAGGAAAGAAACGUACAGACAGGAGCUCAUGGAACAGAUGGCUGAGCAACAAAGAAAUAAGAGAUGUCCCUCCAGUCCCUAUCCUGCUUGGCCAGGAUCUGCUACCACUUCUCCCUGGCUGGGCUGGGCUGGGCUGGGCUGGGCUGAGUCCAAGUCAGGGCUACCACUGUUGCUGACUGACCAGGAGGAGCAGAGCUGCAGCAGAAGUGAAAAAGAGCUGGAGCUCUUGGUUGCUGCUACUGGAGCUCUAGACCCAGGGAAACAGCCUGAUAGACUGAAGCAAUAUGGUUUGACAGCAAGAGCCUCUGAAGAAAAGGUACCACCUGAAAGGCCCAGAUCGGCUUUCCAGACACCGCUUCCUGCACCUCCUGUUUCACCAGUGAAUGAGGACUUUCACAGGGGAAUAUCCAGUGCUCUUGGUGAAAUAGUAGCUCCCAGGAUUGCACCUCUACCUCCACCUCCACCACCAACUUUGACUGACAAUUACAGAACACCUUAUGAUGAUGCUUACUAUUUCUAUGGGGCUAGGAAUCCUUUGGAUCCUAAUCUUGCAUAUUAUGGUACAGGAAUAAUGGGAAUGCAGCCUACAACUAAUCUUGCAGUUCCCUUAGGACAGGUACCAGCAGAUCAGUCUGUAUUGAGAAGCAACAGUGGACAGAGAAACAUAGGGGAUAGACCAAAAAGUUUUGGAAUAUUUCCUGAAGAAAAGGCAAAACCCUCAAAAGAAUCAUCUUUAUCUUAUCAGCAAGAAUUGCAACAGCAGAUAAGAGAAAGAGAAGAACGACGCAGACGAGAGAGAGAGGAAAAGCAACAGUAUGAAGCGAAGUUAGAAGCUGAAAUGAGAAGUUACAAUCCCUGGGGAAAAGGUGGUGGUGGUGCUCCUCUCAGAGAUACAAAAGGAAAUCUGAUAACUGACUUGAACAUGAUGCACAAGCAAAAUGAAGAUGCAUAUCAUAAUCCAGAAGGAAGACCAUAUGAAGAUAAAAGGGCUAUUGUUUCUUUUGACCUAGGUUUGCCCUCCUCAAGACCUGAGAAUGCAGAAGCAUCUACAGGUUUCUCAUUUGCACAAACCUCUCCCUUUGCUCGAGGUAAUGUUUUCGGUGAACCACCAUCUGCACAGCAGCUUAAACAACAAGAGUCAUACAAAAAUUUUCUUCGUUUGCAGAUUGAGGAAAAGAGACUCAGGGAAGAAGCAGAGCGAGAAAAACUUAGAAUUGAAGAAGAAAAAGAAGAAAAACGACUAGCUGAACAAAGGAUGAGAAUUCAGAAAGAAUAUGAGGAAGAGCAGGAAAAGAAAAGAAAGAAAGAGGAGGAGCAAAGAUUAAAAAAUGAAGAGAUGAUACGAUUAGCUGAAGAAAGGCGAAAAGAGGCAGAAAAAAAGAAAAGAGAGGACGAAGAAAAACAGGAUGAACAAAUUAGACAAUAUUACGAGCGAGAGAAGACUGCAAAGAUAGAAGAGGAAAAGAAGCUUUCAAGGCAACCUUCUCCUGUAAUUCCUGCUCUUCAGCAUAAAUCUUUAUCAAAAGAAGAGAGACCUACUUCUGUUGACAGUCAUACAUCUUAUUACACACAAGAUCUUCCACAGUCCAGAGUUCUUUCUCCUCCUGUUCCUGCUAGAAGAAACCAGUUGCGUGCCUACGAGGAAAGAAAAAAUGUGAUAAAUGAGCUGACAGAAAUGAGAAAGCAGCUUCGUAGUGAAGAGCGGCGACUGCAGGAACAAUUGCUAAAUGUGGCCAGUGAAGAUGACAUAACUACAAGCAGGAAGAGGGAGAGAAAUCCAAUGGAUGUAUUUGAUAUGGCCAGACUUCGGAUGCAGGCUCCAGUGAGGCGACCUUCAUCAAAGGAAGCAGCUGACGCUGUGAAUAUACAGAAUAUCUGGGAGUUUAAUGAUCUUAAGUACAGAGAUUCAGAAACACGAGCAGACUUGAGAUAUAUGUACCCUGAUCCUCCAAGAGAUGAUCAAACCCUAGAGAUUCAACAGCAGGCAUUGCUAAGAGAGCAGCAGAAGAAACUUAAUAGAAUGAAAAUGAGAAGAGAUGAAGAAGAUAUUAUAGAUUAUGAUGAUUCUGCUCCUGGCUUUAACCCACGGAACAUGGGACUGUUCAGGAAUGACUCCAGUGAAUUCUUGAAAAAUUCACUAUUGGAAUCUGAGAGUGCUUUUAUUGAUACUAAUGGGGAAACAUUUCCUGCUUUAGAAGAAGGUUAUGUAUUUUCACAACCCCAAUCAUCUGCAAGGGAGAGGAGACGACUAAAGCAUAAAGCAAAGGAUUUUGCUAAUGAAGUCCCUGUCAGCCAGUCUUCACUGCCUGACAGCUUCUCUUUACACUCAAGCUCCAGUCUCAGUGUUAAUCAGCUGAAAGCCAGGAAUGAAGAACGAUUGAGAAGACUGACUGCACUUCAGAAGAAAUCAGUUCCCUUAGGUGAUGAUGUUUCCCUGGGAGAUGCUGAUGCUACUUUGACUCACUUCCCAUCCAAAGAUGGCAGACGGCCUAAGUCUGUUGACACAGUAGCUACAGACCCAUGGCUGCGACCAGGCACAUCGGAGACCCUGAAAAGGUUUAUGGCUGGAGAGUUGAGCCAGGUUAAAGUUACUUCAGAAAACCCAUUCCCUUUUAGUUGGCAGGGCCUGUCAACUGCACACGGUUGAAUAAAUCCACAUUGAAACCAGCUGUGCCUUUCAUCACAGAAGGAAUGUUAAUCACUACUGCACUUUUUAUGGUCUCUUAUAGCGAUAGUCUUAUUUUGUGUAAAUAUUGUGAACUUUUGUAAAAGAUUUUUAAAGUGACAUGUUCAGAGAGAAACUAUAGUGUGACUGAUUUCUGUAAAACAAAGAAAUGUAUAGAGGAUAUCUUAUUAUUCCUGUGUUAAAGUGUACUCUUCUAUAAUUUAAAGAAAUCACUUUUUUUUCCAUCUGUGAAAAACUGAAACAUGUAUAAACUUGGUGUUAAAUGAAAGUGAAUGUUUUAAGUGCUGUAAAUGUCAGACAAACUCCAGAAAUCUUCAGUCAACCAAAAAGCACAACAGGCAAAGGGUACAUCCUCCUUUAUCCUAUUCAAGGAACUUCUGCUGUUUUUAUGGAGUAAGAAUAGCACUUGGUAUUUGAACAAGCAAUGAGGUUGUUGCCUGUUUAUGUUCAAUCAGUGGUUCCUGACUUACAGCUGAGAGAGCUUUGUGGGCAAUAUUUUGAUAUAAAUUAUUGUCUAUUACCAUAUCAGUUGCAUUCUACUUUCCAGAAUCAUUUGAGUUCAAGAUAUUAACUAUAACUUUCUGACUCAUUGAAUGUAUUGACAGUGCAAAUACUGAGAAUAAUUUAUGGUUAUGAUUUUUAAAGUUGAAUAAAUUAUAUUUUAUUAAAAUAAACUUGCAUAGUGAAACAUGGAUGAGAAGUUAAAAGGAAGACUCUACCUCUAGAGAGAAAGCUUCUGCCAAGGCAAAAAGGAGAAGCCAAGAACAGGGAAGAGAUGCUGAACUCCAGGAGGGGAGAACAGCAAAAGAUAUGGUCAGAAGUAUGUAGAUCCUAAAGAGGGGGCUAAUUUUGACUUUUGAGGGAACAGAAAAAGGGUUGGCUGGGUAGAAGCAAGAGAAAACAGCAUGACUCUUAAGUUAAAACAUGCACAGGAGCAAGAGUAAUGAUAGUUAAAGCUAGGUGUAGAAGUAACUGAAACAAGGGAAAUGCUUCCUCAGGGCCAUAGGGUAGUGAACCUGUGCCUAUAUACUGCAAGUUCAAAGCAAUGGCUGUAGCCCUUUACCUGUUAGUCUACAAGGUGCACCUUAACUUUGCCGUCAAACUUAAAUAUUCUUGGUCAUUAAGCUGUGUUAGUCUGAACUCAAAAAAAGCGCACCCUGAUCUGGAUGUUACAGGCAGCUUGCAGCAGUGAUUGUCACCUUAGUCAGACACUGAGUUUAUUCAAGACUAUGUUCCUGGCUCAGCAGGGCUGCAGGCAGCACUGUAGCAAAGUUUAACUCCUCCAUUCAGAAUUAACUCUGCACCUCAAGGGAUGGACAAGCUGGCAUAUGGCUUGUGCUGCAGUUCAUAGGGAAGGUUGUAGAAGCUGAGUUUUCUUGCGAGUAGCUCGCCUUUCUCAGGGCUUCUGGCUUUCCACACCCUCCAGUGCUAGGCAAGAUGGACAAAUGGUUCCUGUACUGAUUUCUCCUCCAGCAUUGCUCUAGGGGGAAAAUGAUCUCUCCCUUGAACUGCUAGCAGCAAUCAUUUCACCUCCAAGCAGUGUAGCCUUCCAAAAUGGUAGAGAGCAGGUCUCUGUUCCUAGUCUUCCACAGCUACAUAUUUAACAACCCCAGCAACACAGGCCAAAAAAUAAACAAACAGCUUUGAAAUGUAGGCAUCUUAUAACCACUGAACAGAAAAUAUGAACAGGCAAAUCCUUCUUGGAAUGCCUUUGCCAUGAAGCCUGAAAAAAAAUAGUGACAACUAGGCUGCUGGAUGGAUUGAGACUACCAUUUAUCACAUUGCCUCUAUUUCCUAGUACUCUGCCAUCUGGCCAUAACUGUGUCUCAAUCUUAUAGCUGGACACUUCAUACACUUUUCUGUCCAAAUAGUUUACAAUUUUUGCUCUGCAACUGUACAUGACAUAGUACAGUAAUACACACGAAUCGUUUUACUGUUUUAUCUAUUGCAUUU